CUCAUCAUUUCUUCACCACCCUACACCGGCAGCGAUUAAGAUUACCCUUAUUGCGCUGCGGAGAGGCAAGACAAUAAUUACGCUAUUACGAACGGGAAUCGCAAAGCGCGGAAUUUGUCAGGUGAAUAAUUCAUGUGCUGCUUGCACGAUUUCCUCGCUUGCUCGUACAAUAAUUCCGCAAUAAGGCGAAGCUCAGAUACAGAAGGUACUGCACCGUGCACUUCACUGCCAAUGACCUUUUUUUAAACUCGCAGUUGGACAGUAUCACACGUUACAGUUGGGCACGGAAAGGGUGAAAAGGGGAGUUCGUGUGGGGCGAUCAAGGGGGAAAAUUAAGUACGUGUCUCUCGCGUAAAAGGCGAUCGGAAUAUUUCUUUCUCGACGUGAUCAAUUCGACGUAGAAUAGAAUCUCUGCCGUCCGUAUGGCGGACGUGAGGAUAGAAAAGCUGAUCGCGUUCCUGAAGACUCAUCUGUUCUUUGCUUGCUGCUGGCCGCUACGAUCGACCGCUACGAGAUACGAGAAGACAUGCGAUAUGAUAUUCCGUUUUUUUUCCAUGGUGCAUGGGACAGUCAUGAUAGUUUCGAUAUUAUACACGAUUUAUAUCAAUCCGUCGAACUUGCUUCUGAUAAUGAGACUCUGCUGCCAACUGUGCACCACAACGGAGGUUCCGUUGCAGAUAAUGUGCUACACGAUGCAGUACGAUCGACUACAAUACGUGAUUUAUGAAUUGGAGGAUUAUUGCAAACGGGCGAAGCCGGAGGAGGUGAUCGUUUUUCAUCGAUACAUUGACAACUGCAGAUCGUUUUAUAUAGGCUCGGUGUCUGCCUUCACUGUUACCGCUUUGCUGCUGUGCAUCAGUCCCGCCGUGGAAUCUACCACUUUUCCCAUAGAUGUGGAAUAUCCGUUCUCCAUGGAUUAUCUACCUGUGAAAAUUCUCAUUUAUCUGCAUCAGUUACUGCUCAUAUAUCAGAGUUACACGCAAGUAUGCUCGAACGUUUUUGUCGGACUUCUCUUAUGGUUCGUGUCGGCAAGAUGCGACAUUUUGUCCAAGAAAUUUCGUACGGUCACCGAAUUCACCGAGUUGCGUGCACAUUUAAGAGAACACCAACAAUUGCUGCAAUAUGGAAAUGAAGUUGCUCUCUCUGUUCGAUACGUAAUGUUAGCAUCACUCACCGUUAGUACAGUAGUUAUCAUUUUCACUGGCUGCACUUUUCUCAGCCGACAACCGUUGUCAGUGAAAUCGACGUUUUUGAUAUUCUUUGUUUCGUCGCUCGCGAAAGUAUAUUUAUGCGCGUGGCCGGCCGACCGCCUGCUAAGUGCAAGUACUGAUAUUGCACAUGCCGCGUAUAAUUCGAUGUGGUAUAACAGCAAGGCUGAAUUCCAGAAGAAUUUUUUACACACACUGUUACGCAGCCAACAGCCUAUAAUUAUUAAUGUACCCUGCAUAUUACCGACUGUUUCGUUGAAUUAUUAUGCUUCUUACAUCUCAACGGCUUUUUCCUACUUAACUACUUUCCGAAUCUUACUUGAAGAUGAUGACGAAGAUUAAUAUUAUUGCUCACGUGGAUCUGAUUGCCCACACAAACAUAUAUUGUAUAUUAUUAUUAUGUUACAGGAAUUAUGUCUCAAUUAUUAAAAACCAUGUUUCAAAA